CAAGAUAUUUGAUUGAAAAAUUCUGCGGGCACACUGACUCCAAUCCAAAUGAACUCUUACGCACAUAAACAUACAGCCACAUCCACAUAGUAGCACACAGAAACAGUACCAAACUGAGACUGAAACAGAAUAAACGCAAAAACACCGACAACGAGACGACCACGACCCUUUCCACAAUCAAAAUGGCCAAAAUGUACGGAAAGGGUAAGACGGCCAUAGAGUCCGAAGAGCAGCAGAAACGACGAUGGCAAAUAGAACUCGAGUUUGUGCAGUGCCUCUCCAAUCCAAAUUAUCUCAACUUCCUGGCCCAACGUGGCUACUUCAAGGACCAAUCGUUCAUCAACUAUCUAAAGUACUUGCAGUACUGGAAGGAGCCGGACUAUGCCAAAUACCUCAUGUACCCGAUGUGUCUGUACUUCCUGGACCUCCUGCAGUACGAACACUUUCGCCGCGAGAUUGUCAACUCGCAGUGCUGCAAGUUCAUCGAUGAGCAGGCCAUACUGCAGUGGCAGCACUACACCAGGAAGCGUAUCAAGCUCAUGGAGAGUGCCACGGCAGUGCAACAGCAGCAACAACAGCAGCAGCAGCAACAACUACAACAAAGCAAUGGUGGCGAUGCCGCCACAGCUGGCGAGGCGGCAGCCACGGGCGGUAUGAUGGCCACAGCGAAUGGCAAUGGCACGGCAUCCGCCGCAGAGGCCCAGCCUUCGGGAGCCUCCGUGCAGCGAGGGGGAGCGGAGCCUGGCCAGCCACAGGCAGUGAUUCCACAACAGCAACAGCAACAAAUCAAUGGCUUGGCCACAGCGCCUAACAUCAAAUUAGAUUUAAACUAACGAUGGCAAUUGAAAGUUAACAAAAUAAAUUAGUUCUAAGUCGUCUAA